AUGGUAACAAUUGUGAGUCUGUACCCUACUUAUCGAAUUCUCUUCAUCAAUUGUCACGUGAGCGCUCAUGAAAUUAUCUUUUUCAUCAGUCCCUGUAUGUUUCUUUGGCUUAUCUUUGUCGUAGCGGCAUGGGCACUGUCUGCCAUCGAGCUCAAUGACGACACUUUUAUAGGUUCACUUCUUUCGACAAAUUAUACAUUGGUUUAUUUUUAUCGAGAUCAUUGCAAAUAUUGCCAAGAAUUCAGCAGCGAUUAUGAGUAUUUGUCGCUCCUUUAUAACGGUAAUGACACUUCUGGGUUCCAAAUUGUAAAAAUUAACGGAGCCAAGAACAUGCGUGCCAAUUCAUUGUUCAAAGUGGAUCGAUAUCCCACACUAAAAAUGUACCAUAACUCCACUUCUGAGAUUGUCACGUUUCAACAGCAACGAUUAUUCGAAGCUAUAGUGGACUUUAUAGGCUACCAAGUACCUGGAAUUGAGCCAGACUACACCAAGUUCAAAUCCCAGGUGCCCAUGUUGCCAGGAAAUACAAUCGAAGAAGAUUUGACCAACACCUUGGUAAUUUUCAUGCUGCCAAAUAUGGACGGAUGGGAAGAUUUUGGUCGCCCCAACCAUUUCAUGGAGCGUGCUGCUGCUUCACAAAAUUAUAAAAACGUCAAGUUUGCAGUAGUGGACAUUUUUGACCAAAAGAGCGAUUUGCAACAAAAAUACCUUGUCAGUAAUUUCCCAUCAGCCAUUUAUUUUGGCACCAAUGGACGAUUCAAGGUCCUUGACACUUACUCCACCAAUCCAGAUAGCCGUUUGGAGGAGCAGGAGCUCUUGGGUUUCUUGAAUAGCUUGCAAAACGAAGAUGGCUGGUUUGAAAAUUGUGACCAAUUGGCUCAGGUUAUUGAAAAUUCCAAGUACGAAGGCCACAAGUACCACCGCCCAGGCUUCAAUAUGGUCCAGGACCGCUUCGAAAACGACCAUGACCCCGAAUAUGACGACAUUCUCGAACAUUUGGAAUUAUAG